UUUAAAAUGCAGUCAGCCUCCUGGUAUGUAGCUGAUAAAUGUAAUGGACUUUCUGUUUCUUCCCCCCCACUAAUUUUCUGGUCAAAUCUUCUCUCUCUGCCUUUCUUCUUCUUUCUCCAUCACCAAGUACAAAAGACCCAUCAAGCUUCCAUGGCCGACGAGUCCACCUCAUCCUCACAUCUAUGCAUCACUGUCCUGAAAAACCCAUCGGACGCCCAUCUCUCCGAGCUGGGAAUCAAAUCUUGGCCCAAGUGGGGUUGUUCACCAGGAAAGUACCAACUGAAGUUUGAAGCAAAGGAGACGUGUUAUCUGUUAAGGGGAAAAGUUAAGGUUUACCCAAAGAACACAACAUCGCCGGAGACGGUGGAGUUCGGCGCCGGCGACUUGGUCACUAUACCGAAGGGGCUCAGCUGUACUUGGGACGUGUCCGUCGCCGUCGAUAAACACUAUAAGUUCGACUCCUCGUAACGAUCUAGCUAGCUUGUCAAAACCACAAUUUUCUAAUUUUGGUAGUUUAUUUUUGGGAAGGGCAAAUAAACCCUCGAAUUAAUUGAAAAAGUGCAAAUCUAUCUCUUUUGUAGGAGGAUGUCAUCAUUUGGGACGAUUAACAGAGAAAUUUUUUGAUAAAUGUUUUUGAGCAUCUUCUUCAUUAAGUCUUGUUUAUCUAUACCAAAUUUCAGGUAAAAAUUCAACCGGGAAGGCAGUCAAAUGAUUUUCUGAAAUAUAUUGCGCUGUUUAACUGCGUAGUUAUCUUCAAACAUUUAUUUGAUUGUCUUCACGAUUGAAUUGUUAUCUGAAAUUUGGUAUGAGUAAACUAGACUUAAUGAAGAAGAUUUUCAAAAAAAAUUAUCAAUAAAUUCAAUCAGCAACCGUCUCAAAUGGUAAUGGCCGGACAAAGCCACUUUUCGAUUAGUUCGAGAGUGAUUUGUACUUUUUCGAUUAGUUCGUGUGCUUAUUUGCAUCUUUUAUCUUAUUCUUGAAAAAAUCGGUUUUUAUCCACUUUUAGACUCGCUCUUGUACUCACCAUCUGAACACAAAAAAACUAGCUUCUCACAUACUGUUAGUAGAAGAGUGAGUAUAAAAGUGAAUAUAAAUAAUAAAAUUGUUUAUUUUUUGUUUAUGAUUUCCUUAUUUUUCUAUUGUUAAGAUAACUACCAGAAAUGUCAUGUCUGAUAUCCUCAAAAACUAGCAGCAGUUUUGCCAUUUAUGUUAGUGUGGUUGGAAAGUCAUUUAAGACUGUACUUUAAUAUAAUAAUGAUAGUUUGAAAAGGUGUUGUAGUCAAAGUUCUUUCUAAUUUUUUUUUGGCCCACUGGCAACCUAGAAUUCAAUUACGGAGUACGUUUUAUUUUGUGUGUGUAAUUCUUAAAGGCAUUAAA